AUGCAUUCCAAGUCUAUUUUGUUCGGUGCGGUAGUGGCUUUGUUCUUUUGCAGCCAACUCGAAGGCACCCGAAAUGGUACCACGUCUGCCAACCGUGAGAAGGUGUUGUCGCGAAAAAGAAGAUAUUUGCUCUUCCCACCCGGUGCUAACUUUAUCGUUACCGUUUCUGGUGGUAAAGGAGCUAUGUUUGAGACACCUCGAGGUUACAACCUGGUCGCCGAGUUGGAUAUGUAUCAUCCAUUGCCAGAUUACAUGUACCAUGCGACAUCGCUGCGACUGGGAGAGGUUGCAAUGUAUCCCGAUGAACUAACCACUACAAGUAUGCCAGUGCCUGCCGUUACACACCAACAGCAUGAGCUGUCCGAGCAGGAGCUUAACGAAUAUCUGAAAGAUCACCCGGAAGCGUGGAUACCGCCAAGUUGGGCGAAAGAUCGAGCAGAUUAUACAGCUCCAAAAAUUCCUACAUCUAUUCCACUAAAUGGAAUGAAAUAUUUACAAAAACGUCCACAAUAUGCAAAAACUCCCGUCACAUAUCAGUCGUGGAAACGAAAGCUUUGGGAAUCCACUGGAAACGAUCGUCUUUACUACAGCGAACUUCCCCCUAAACGGGCACGAUCAUUGUUGGAUUUCGGUACAGAAGAUAGACAGUCUUCGUUUUGGAUGGAAGCCAAUCAGCUCAAUAUCAGUCACCAUCUAGGGUGGGAACAUUUUCAUCAUUACCGCGACAGGAGAAGUCUUUUCCAUCAUCUGGAGACAACAAUACCCAAUUUCUUUGGAUUCCACAUGAGAGAAUGUUUGCUGCGGUCUAUUUGUGAGGCACGGAACCUUCUGCCUCCCAAGGGACGUUCCAUGACGGUUGAUAUAUUGCGGGUCAUUUUCACCUAUCCUCUGAAAGCUGACCUUUCAGACGAAUAUAGUAAGAUGUUGCGAGCGGAAAAACCCAACUGUAGGGAGUUAUUCAGUGACAGGUGUCCAAUGAGUAUACUACAAUUGAUAUUGUUUGGCAAGUUUGAGCUUUAA